AUGCCAGUUCCCGUCCCUCGUCACACCAAACCUCCAGCACACCCCGUCAUCAAACCCGCCAAUCGUGCUCUAGGUCAGCAACUACCCUCCUACGCAACCCCAGGCGCCCUCCUUGUCCCCCUCUCGGGGCUGCCAUCCUCUUUGACACAAAGAGAGGGCUGGUCUGGCGCUCUUCCUUCCUGGAGGAGGAACAGCCAGCGCCCUAUCUGGGACCAGGACGCCCAGGAUUUUCGCUCAGGGUUGGCCGCCGCGGACAACGCGUCGGUCAUUAAAGGUACACACGCUGAAGCGUGUAUUCCGCCCAUGGAGAACCGGGCUCAGCACUCUGCGCCGCCGCCGGGUAUCUAUCCCCGCCAUUACGCCUUCGACAACAACACAAGCGCUGGUCAAGGUGGGAUGGAGUUGCUCCAGUUCGAGACUAGGAAGAUCUGGGAGAACAGCCCACUUGCCCCCUACGAUGGCGUCGACAUGCACGGAGAGAAUCGAUAUAAUCACCACGACAACUUCAACCCUUCCCCUCAAGACGCCGCUUUGGACGCAGCACGCAGGCAUCUGGGGGUCUUCACUCCUAUCUUAGAAGAUCAGUCACCCGGAAGUGGACCAGGCAGUGGCUCCAGCCCCCUCGAACCUUUGACGCCCUUUUGCGACUACAUCGAUCGUGCUGUUGCCGCCGCCCAUACUGCCGUUCAAUACGAGGAUCGAGGCAUAUAUCAGGACACGCAAGCCGUUCCCAACGUCUGUGCCCCUCCAGUUUUCCCUUCCAUCGCCGAGCAGCCGCAGCAAGAUCCGAUCACAGACACAGUGACGCCCAUCACCACCGUCGACUACAAGAAGUUGACCGAGCCGUUGUCGGAAUGGGUGGCCAAUUACGUCUGGAAGGUAUGCACGACGGGGUACAGUCUCCCGCCUGCCUUCGCCCAACCUUCCAUGAAUGCAGGACCGUAUGCUGUGGCCGCCCCGAGUUACCUGGCUCCCGCUAUCCACGCUCUGCUCCUGUCCACGCUUCUUCAGCCUUCGGCUGUCUUCCUGGCGCUGUGGUACAUCGUGCGCCUCCCCGUGUACUUCGGCGGAGCAGCACUUGGUGCAGAAUUUGCCAAGGAGAGCAGCUUCCGGGCAGCUCUCAUGGGAGAUGCAUAUGUCGGGUAUGAGCGCGAGGCAUCUGAGAACAGUGCUCCUUUCCGGAUCAUCGUACUCGGAUGCAUGCUGGCCAACAAGUGGUUGGAUGACCACACCUUCAGCAACAAGACUUGGCAUUCUAUCUCCAACAUCCCUGUUCAAACCCUCAAUGCGCUCGAGUCCCAUGCCCUGAACGUCUUUUCCUACGACCUGUCCAUCUCGAACCAGCAGUGGUCCCAGUGGCUUUCACAUGUCAUGACCUAUCAUCAGUCAUUGGCAUCGUCCAAUCGUCCUCAGCCCAUUUCAAGGCCUUCGGCAAACCCCCACGCCAUUAUACGCCGUGCCCUUGAGGAAAUCAUACAGGCACGGGUUGUCUCCAAGUCGCCGGAACUUCCUCAACCAGUGUUCCUCGGUUUGGAAGAAAGACUGCGGGAGAGGGCUCAGAAGGAGGAGGCUAUGGCUAUGGACGUUUUGGAGAUCGAUCUCGACGAAGAUGGCCCGCUCAGAGAGCAAUACCUACCGAAGCGCCGCGCCAGCAAGCUUGGUUCGCAGAACACGCACUCUCGCGACGCUUCGGUGGGUGAAAAAUGGAAUGGCCCCGAUGCGGCGCCUGCAAAGACGUUGCCACCACCGGCGAAGUGGAGUCCAGCCGGAGACGAGCCUAUUCUUCGGGAUAGGAACCGUUCCAGCGGGCACUACGUUGCGGUACAAGCACCCCCGAUCGCACCUGCGGCCUACUCGGUGAACUGCCAGCCGCAAGAGAUGGCGUUCAACCAGAACUGGAACCCUCCCAUGCCUGCAGCGGCUGGCUACAUGCCCGUCAAGUCGCAACCGGGUUACGUCUACGACCUGCAGACCCUCGCGCGUGCGAACCAGCCAAGCUACAACCCUUUUGGGUUCAUAACGCCGAUCUCCUUGCCUCGCUCGCGCUCUCAUUCGGUUUCGUACGAUCAUGACAGCCUGCUGUCGCGAAACCAUAUGCGCUCGUACUCGCAGGCAAAGUUUGACUACCGGUGCAGUGACCUUCGUAUGACGGCUGGCGAACACGUCCCCAUUCCCGAGGUAGAGUCUAGGUGGAUGGAGGCCGCUGGCCACUAUCCCUACUCCGGACCUACCUUCGUCCCUUUGCCCGCUGCCGGCAUGCAACCUACCUGGUAA